UUACUCAACCAAUAUCUUUAUUGUUGGAAAUUUGAUAACUAGGAAGUGUUCCUUCAAACUUAUCUCUAUUGUUUAGUUGAUUGUACAUCGGUUCUCUUAACAUAAAUAGGAUGUCAGGAAUUGUAAUUCACACACCCUCUGAUAUGAAAGCUCCCAGCUCUAGUAUGGCACAGUUCAGGGAAGAUUUUGCCAAAGCUAAGCAUAUUGUGGUCUUAACAGGUGCUGGAGUCAGUGCUGAAAGUGGUGUGCCUACAUUUAGAGGAGCUGGUGGUUACUGGAGAAAAUGGCAAGCACAGCAAUUAGCAACACCAGAGGCAUUUGAAGACAAUCCAUCAUUAGUGUGGGAAUUUUACCACUAUAGAAGAGAAGUCAUGGGUACAAAAGAUCCAAAUAAGGCUCAUAUUGCAAUAUCUGAAUGUGAAAAGAGGCUGAAAUCACAAGGAAGAAGAGUUGUAGUAAUCACACAGAAUAUAGACGAACUUCACAAGAGAGCUGGGUCAGAAAAUAUUCUAGAAUUGCAUGGUAGUUUAUUUAAGACCAGAUGUACUAAAUGUGAAGAAGUUAUAGAAAACAGACUCAGUCCUAUCUGUCCUGCAUUGGCUGAUAAAGGAGCUCCAGACCCAGAAUCAAAAGAUGCCAAAAUUCCAGUGAACCAAUUACCAAGGUGUAAAAAAGAAAGUUGUGGAGGACUUUUGAGGCCCCAUGUUGUAUGGUUUGGUGAAAGUUUAGACCCAGCAGUUAUGGAUUCAGCUCAGAAUGAGCUAGAUCAUUGUGAUCUGUGUUUAGUGGUUGGAACCUCUUCUGUUGUGUAUCCAGCAGCAAUGUUUGCACCCAAGGUAGCUUCUCGAGGAGUACCAGUAGCUGAGUUUAAUCCAGAAAAAACUGAUGUCACAAAUUCGUUGGGAUAUCAUUUCCAUGGACCGGCAGGCUCAUUUCUCCCAGAAGCAUUAGGUAGACACCCAUCAGAACCUGAAUAACAACGCAUUAUAAAAGACCAUCAUCUGUGAUAGAUAAUAGACAAGUUUUAUCUCCAUUGAGUUCCAGAUUCAUCAUCAUUAAUUAUUACAUUUCAAAGUUACACUCAUCAUCUGAAAGUGUAUAUGUAAUACUUUUUUCUCUUGAACAAAAAAAGGAGAUUAAUUGUUUGUUUAUUAAUAGAACAUUGUAUAUAUGCAUUUUCAAUUAAUUUGACAAAUAUAACAGUAUAUAUGAUAUUUGUUUAAGAAUUUUAUGUUUUUGGGAGAUAUUGAUUUGAUAUUUGAUAUAUUAUUUUAUCAUGAAAAGUUACUGAUCAAAUUAUUAAUUUAAAGAAUUGCUUCAGUCUGAUAAUUCUAUGCAGAGUUAUGAUACUUGGAAUUUGAAAAUUGACCCAAAUAUUCAAUUUCAGUUUUCUGCAAUUUUUUUUGUCAUACUGGAAUAAAUUGAUUUGAUAAUUGGUACAUUGCUUUAUCAUGACAAGUUACAGAUCAAUUUUGAAUUUCUUUCAAGUCCAAAUGAUUUUUCUUGCAGAGUUAUUGUCCUUGGACUUAGUAAAUUCACUCAAAUAAUCAGUUUUCCACACCUUUUUAGCUCACCUGGUCCAAAGGGCCAAGUGAGCUUUUCUAAUCACUUGGCGUCUGGCGUCCCGCGUCUGUUGUCGUUAACUUUUACCAAAUCUUCUCCUCUGAAACUACCAGGCCAAACUAAACCAAACUUCGCCACAAUCAUCAUUGGGGUAUCUAGUUUAAAAAAUGUGUGGCGUGACACGGCCAACCAACCAAGAUGGCCGCCAUGGCUAAAAAAAGAACAUAGGGGUUAAAUGCAGUUUUUGACUUAUAACUCAAAAACCAAAGCAUUUAGAGAAAAUCUGACAUGGGGGGGGGGGGGGGGAAAUUGUUUAUUUGUUUAUCAGGUCAAGAUCUAUCUGCUCUGAAAUUUUCAGAUGAAUCAGACAACGUGUUGGGUUGCUGCCCCUGAAUUGGUAAUUUUAGGAAAAUUUUGCUGUUUUUGGUUAUUAUCUUGAAUAUUAUUAUUGAUAGAGAUAAACUGUAAACAGCAAUAAUGUUCAGCAAAGUAAGAUUUACAAAUAAGUCAACAUGACCAAAAUAGUCAGUUGACCCCUUUAGUAGUUAUUGCCCUUAAUAGUAAAUUUUUAACCAUUUUUCGUAAAUCUUAGUAAUCUUUUACAAAAAUCUUCUCCUCUGAAACUACCUGGCCAAACUAAACCAAACUUGGCCACAAUCAUCAUAGGGGUAUCUUGUUUAAAAACUGUGUGGCGUGACCCGGCCAACCUACCAAGAUGGCCGCCAUGGCUAAAAAUAGAACAAAGAGGUAAAAAUUCAGUGUUUGGCUUUUAACUCAAAAACCAAAGCAUUUAGAGCAAAUCUGAUGUGGGGCAAAUUGUUUAUCAGGUCAAGAUCUAUCUGACAUGAAAUUUUCAGAUGAAUCAGACAACCCGUUAUUGAGUUGCUGCCCCUGAAUUGGUAAUUUUAGGGAAAUUUUUCUGUUUUUGGUUUUUAUCUUGAAUAUUAUUAUAGAAAGAGAUAAACUGUAAACAGCAAUAAUGUUCAGCAAAGUAAGAUUUACAAAUAAGUCAAUAUGACAAAAAUAGUCAGUUGACCCCUUUAGUAGUUAUUGCCCUUUAUAGUCAAUUUUUAACCAUUUUUUGUAAAUCUUAGUAAUCUUUUACAAAAAUCUUCUCCUCUGAAACUACCUGGCCAAACUAAACCAAACUUGGCCACAAUCAUCAUAGGGGUAUCUUGUUUAAAAAAUGUGGCGUGACCCUGCCAACCAACCAAGAUGGCCGCCAUGGCUAAAAAUAGAACAUAGGGGUAAAAUGCAGUUUUUGGCUUGUAACUCAAAAACCAAAGCAUUUAGAGCAAAUCUGAUGUGGGUCAAAUUUGUUAAUUAGGUCAAGAUCUAUCUGCCAUUUUCAGAUGGAUCAGACAACCCCCUGUAAUGGUUGCUGCCCCUGAAUUAGUCAUUUUAAGGAAUUUAUUUUGUUAUUAUCUUGAAUAUUAUUAUAGAUAGAGAUAAACUGUAAACAGCAACAAUGUACAGCAAAGUAAGACCUAGAAAUAAGCCGACAUGACCAAAAUGGUCAAUUGACCCCAUAAGGAGUUAUUGUCAUUCAUAGUCAAUUUUUAACAAUUUUCAUAAAAUUUGUAAAUUUUAACUAACAUUUUCGACUGAAACUUUUAGGCCAAGUUCAAUAUAGAUAGAAAUAAUUGUAAGCAGCAAGAAUGUUCAGUUAAGUAAGAUGUACAAACACAUCACCAUCACCAAAACACAAUUUUGUCAUGAAUUCAAAUGUGUCCUUUGUUUAAUAUUCACAUAGACCAUGGCGAGCAACACAGGCUCUUUGGAGCCUCUUGUUUAUUGUCAUAGUUGAAGAUGUUUAUUUGAUAUUUGUUAAAAAGUUUACAUCAUAUCAAGUUAUAGGCCCAGUUAGCGUUUUGUUCCAGUACAAUUAAUUUUAAUUGGUAUGAAAGGGACUAUAUUUUGCCAUGCGAUACUCUCAAAAGGCUUGCUCUUGGUUAUACUUUGGAAUUUGGAUUUUUUUCAACUCAGUUGAAACUUAUUUUACAACUAUUGUUUUUCAUAUGUGCAUUUUGUAUACAUUUGCUGUGGAAGUAAUUUAGUAAAUACAGUCUUGGUAACAUUGGUUAGUCACAUAUAUUGCAACCCAGACAUUU